AUGGAAAUUCCUCCGCAUCGAACAUGGAUGUAUAAUAGGCUUCUCCCUGGCCGGAGUGCACAUACAUAUGAAUUUUUAAAAGGUGUCGAAGAGUUUAUAAACUUCGCUUGUCAACAGAAAGAGUAUUUGAAGAAUGGUGUAAUAAGAUGUCCAUGUAAGUUGUGCAAAAAUGAGGACCACCUCAUCCCAGAUGAGGCAAACACUCAUAUUUACCAACAUGGGUUUGCACCAGAAUAUUGGAAUUGGACCUGCCAUGGAGAGAUAAUCCCUCACAUCAAUGAUAGUGAUGAUGAUGAUAUAGAUAUGGUUGCACCUUGUAGUAAUAGUCAACAGUGGAGUUAUGAACAUGUUCAUAGAUAUCAAGACAUGGUGUUUGAUGUUGCCAGUUUUAAUCGCGAACAACAUUUUAUACAACAAGAAGAGGAACCUCCAAAUAUGGAAGCAAAAUUAUUUUAUGACAUGUUGAAUUCAACUCAACAACCACUGUGGCCGGGAUGUAAAAACACAACUGAGUUAUCUGCUGCUAUUAAGAUGUUGAGUUUAAAAUCUAAACACAAUAUGUCACAAGCAUGUUUCGAUGACAUGGUCAAGUUUAUGAAGGAAUCAAGUCACCUAGAGAAUGUAAUUCCCUCUAACUUUAGGGAAACAAAAAAACUUGUGUCUGGACUCGGUUUAUCAAAGAUAAAGAUUGAUUGUUGCAUUGGUGGGUGUAUGUUGUAUUACAAAGAGGACAUAAAUUUGAAUGAGUGCAAGUUUUGCAAUGAGCCUCGAUACAAAACAUGUAUUCUGCGUAAGCGUAAGCGAAACUCUAAAGAUGUUCCUCGCAAGAGAUUGCAUUACUUGCCUUUAAUCCCUCGCCUUCAAAGAUUAUAUGCUUCGGCGAGAUCCGUAGAGCACAUGAGGUGGCACUAUGAACAUCGUAGGGAAGAAGGCGUGUUGUGUCAUCCUUCAGAUGGGGAAGCUUGGAAACACUUUGACCAAGUAUAUCCUGCAUUUUCUUCGGAACCUAGAAAUGUUAGACUUGGUUUGUGUGCUGAUGGCUUUACCCCUUUUGGCCAAUAUGCAAAACCAUAUUCUUGUUGGCCAGUAAUUGUCACACCAUAUAACCUACCUCCUGAGCUAUGUAUGAUGAUGCCUUAUAUGUUCUUGACCUUGAUCAUUCCAGGUCCAGACAAUCCAAAAGGUAAAAUUGACGUGUACUUACAACCGUUGAUAGACGAAUUGCAACAAUUGUGGAAUGAUGGUGUAGUAACAUAUGAUGCAUCAAAGAAGCAAAAUUUUUGA